AAUACAAACGUGUAACAAUAUAAAACGUGCAAUAUGAAGCUAUGAACCAAUGGAGUAAGUUGAUCGAUCGGGUUACAGAACCGUAAUGGCUUCCUUGCCUUCUUCACACACAGGCUACAGAUUCCAGGCAUUUCCGAAUCUCCACAGUUCUCAGUUUCUUGCGCCCCACACCCGGUUAAAGCUGAAGAAGGCGGAGCUAGUCGCGCUUCCUCUCGUGCGAUUCAGUAACCUAAGAAUCCGCAGAAUUCACCCCCGACCUUUCAUCUGCACUGCUCAAUCCAAUUUCCUUAAAGUUGUGCAAACAGUUUGGAACGUUGGCAAGAAUGGGAUUGAAGCUGGAACUAACAUGGUGCCGGAUCCUAUCCCAAGACCAAUUGCAAAGGUAUCGGUUGCAUUAGUUGCAGUUUCCCUUGCAUCUUUUGUACUCAAGUCAUUCCUCUCUACUGUCUUCUUUGGACUGGCAGUGAUGGGAGUUCUGUAUUUUACCUUUCUGGCUUUAACGAAGGAUGAAGGGCCAAUUGCAGAUGGAGAAGUGAAAUCAACCGAAGAUAGUUUAGAAGAAGCCAGGAGAAUAAUGGAAAAGUACAAAUAACAAAUGUAAGGGAAUUAUUAUUUUUUCCUCAUGGUCUAGGUCAUAAAAAUAUGGAGGUUUUUUCUUUAAAUAUUAGUAAUAGAAAAUUUACGUACAAAAAUGUGACUAAAGUUACUAUGAGUGUGCUUUUAAUACAGAGUAUUAAAUCACAUUUUUGUUCGUUAUCUUUAUAUUGGUCAUGUAUUAGGAUUUAUUUCUUUUAUGUAUCUUCUAACAAUAAGUCUGACCUCA